CGAGGAUAACAGGCGGGGGACUCCCGCCGGUCCGAAACCGGGGAUCCCGCGUCGAAUGCGCCGGCGGCCGGUCCAGCGCGGAGCACGUCGGGGUCAGCCUAGUAGGUGAGGACAGAGUUUCGGAGAUGUCGUCCACUGUGCCCAAGUCAGCUAAUAUCUUCUGGCAUGACUGCCCAGUGGGCAUGACUGAUCGGCAAAAGCUACUGAAGCAGAAGGGCUGCGUUGUUUGGAUUACAGGCCUUAGCGGUUCAGGUAAAAGUACCUUGGCUUGCACACUAGGUCGAGAGCUUCAUACAAGAGGGAAGCUUGCUUAUGUUCUUGAUGGCGAUAACUUAAGACAUGGUCUUAACAAGGAUCUUGGGUUCGCAGCUGAAGAUCGUGCUGAAAAUAUACGCAGAGUUGGUGAAGUAGCAAAGCUAUUUGCAGAUGCAGGUUUAGUGUGCAUUGCUAGUUUUAUAUCUCCGUAUAGGAGAGACCGAGAGUCUUGUCGUGCGCUAUUGUCAGAAGGUAGUUUUAUUGAGGUUUUCUUGAACAUGUCUUUGGAAUUGUGUGAAGCAAGGGACCCAAAGGGCCUUUAUAAGCUCGCUCGUGCAGGAAAAAUAAAGGGUUUUACUGGUAUUGAUGACCCUUAUGAAGCACCAUUAAAUUGUGAGAUUGAGAUCAAGGAAGUGGAUGGCAUAUGUCCGUCACCCUCUGACAUGGCGGAACAGGUGGUAACUUAUCUUGAGGAGAAAGGCUUUCUGCACGAGUAGACGGAAAUGGAAGAAUCCUUGAGGCCGUUGUCGUGUUGGAGAGUAUUUCCGCUAGAUUAGCGCAGAAUAAGUCAAACGCCAGUAGGUUCUUCUGUACUUGUUUCGAUUGAUUGCGUGCGUUGAUCUGGCUACCCAUAUGUAGUUCUGCUCCUCUUUCUUUUCUCGUUGCUGCAAAUAGGAAAAUGUCCUGUGCAAUGACAUUCGGAACAGAGUAAUAUAUAUGAUCCUAAGUAGUUUAUUCAGCCUGUAA